AUGCCGUUGCAAUUCACUCAGAGUCUUUUGGUCGAUGCGCAUCGUACAGGUGGACAAGGCCAACGUAUAAGCAGUUUGAAGACACAUGGAGACAACGACGAUGAUGAUACGGAUGCCGAUCACGAUGGUGUUUCAGUAAUUCGGGAACGUUUGAAUCAGUUGCCGGGAAACCGUGAGGUGAGCGAUCUGGAUGCCGAUGCGAUGGAAAACAGGCCUGAAAUGGGGAAGAAUCGUGAUGGGUCGAGAGACUGGUCACCAUCCAGAGGAACAGAUAGAAAGCAUUGGAAAAAAAACAGAUAUUGGAAAAAUCAGCCACCUUGGAGAAAACAUGGCAGACAUCAUUUCGGUUGUAAAAGUCGUUGGAAACAUCAGUAUCGUCAUCGUGGAGGUAGAAGACAUCAACGACCGAGACCAGGCAGUCGAAAAGAUGAGUACGACGACGACGACAACGACAGUUCUGAUCAUGGUGACAGAAGUGACCGCAAAAAAGGUGAUGAUAAUUCAUCAGCGCAUCGAGCAGGCCAGCGUAACCGGGCAAAGCCGAAUGAAGAAGAUGAUGACCAUGAUGAUAAUUUGAAUCCGAACUCGAAAAACAGCAAUAGUGAAGCUAUUGAUUGUGCAAAAGUAGAUUGCUUCCUUCGAUAAUAAAGGACAAAAUAUGCAAAAACAGUAUGAAAACUUUUCUCUAACGUUUAUUCAUAUAGAUUUCUGUUUCAUCCGAGGAAAAGAACAGACACAAGUUGUGUCACAACUUUGACUUUCAUUCAUUUCAAAAUGUACAAGACGUUAAAUUAACAGAUUUGUUUUAGACGUCCCUGAUUCAUGGUAAUACAUCUAGGUUUUUUUUAAUGAAACCUUUUUUGCAUUUAGCUUCAGAAAAACAUGUCAGCCAACGGAAAUAAUCGGUCGCUACUCUCGUUUUGUUUCUGCACGUACUCUGCUCUCUAAUAAGUCACAAAAGCAAGCCGGACCUAGACAAACAAGUAUAUUUACAAAGGUGACUGUAGAAGAAUUAAAUUAUAUUUGUAAUGAGGCUUAUUUUUACACUUAAUCGAUCGAAAAAUGCAAAGCACUCGUUUUUGCUCUGUUAUAAUAGUCGAAAAAUGUGCUUAUUUGUUUGACAUAACUGACCAUCUAUCCACUAGGUAUAUGAUUCAUUUGUCUUUUACAAGAUCGUCAUAUAGUAAGUUUUAGACAAGAGUAAUAGAUGAGUCAACGAUGAAAAAAGCUUGACACAUUUGGCUGAAUUAAAUAUGAAAAAAUAUGAAUCUGAGUAUUCAAGAGAAUAUUCGCAGUUUUUGCUCGACUGAUUUUGUUUUUAUUGGCAAAUAAAUAUGAACAAAAUAACCCAUUUCUGUUCUUCUAACGGUAGAAAGACAAUAUAAGGUACGAAAGCAACGAAACAAAAAUAGAUUCACCCUAUUUUUCCGUUAUCUUUUGGGAUGUAAGAAAAAGAAAAAGUGUACACUGGGCACUUUAACUCGGGAAGAGAAAAUUGAAGUUUACAUGAGAAAAAACGAUUUUUGACUCUGUAGGCUUUGUUUUGCCUCGUUUUUAUUCUUCUACUGCCAAAAUAAAAAGUUUUCAAAUGAUCACUUAUAUUAUGUUGAGCUAAUAUUCCUUUAAAAAACAAAACAUUAUCGCAAAAAGAUUCAUUAACCGGUUUCUGAGUUAUGAGGACAAGUAUAAGUAGAGCAUGAUGAACUGCGUCGAUUGACGUUUGAAUCAACUUUCUAGCUACUUUAGUUUCCGAGAUAACCGAAGCUUAGUGCAUCAAAAGCGUAACAUGAUGUAAAAGCCUGCAGUAUAUAUCCAAUAUGUUGGAUAUAUACUGCAGGCUUUUACAUCAUGUUACCUCGCCAAAACUUUUCCUGCAAGUUAGAAAGUAUAAUUGAGCAGGAUUCUUUAACACGCUCACUUUUCAAGUUUCUUUCCUGCAGAAUCCUGCGGGUUGUCCAAACGUCACUGCGUUACGUUUUUGACGCACUAAGCUUCGGUUAUCUCGGAAACUAAAGUAGCUAGAAAGUUGAUUCAAACGUCAAUCGACGCAGUUUAGUGUGCAAAGAAAGAAAAAAGUAUCUAAGCUUCAUUUAACUGAACUACUUAGGUGGGUUAUAUAGAUAUGAAUGUUUCGUUAUACAAUGAUGAAUAUAACAGUAUGGAUGAGCAGUUAUUAUUCAACAUUUAACACUCUUAUUCAUUGAUUAUUAAUAGCUGUUUCAAGAAGAUACUGACUAUGGAUAAUGGUAACUAUUUUUAUUUUUGUUUUACAUACAUUAUCUCUGGCUACCAUGGCCCGAAGAGAAACCUUUAUAGCGGGAAAAUUCCACGUAAAACUGAUCUAACUACUCAAUGAGAAACAAUUUCUAUAUUUUGAUGAAGCCAAGGAGUGACAUUGGUGACUCUGUAUCUCAAAAGCCAGACGGUACCUGUUUUUAAAAAAUAGCUCGACACGAUGUCGAAUAUUUCUUCUUCCGCUUAGGAUAAAAAGUAGAAGUAGAUACUCUCUAUUUAAUUCCUAUUUAACUGGUUAAGUUGAUGGAUUUCCCAUUAAAGUCAUAAUGAGUAAUACUUUCCUUGGGUAGAAGAGUAGAUGAACAUUUAGAGUAACAGAUAAAAUUCGUUCUUCUUUAUUUCAUUCUUUUGUUAUAUGAGUUAAGUUGUGCAACUGAUAAUAGAAAACGAAAAUUUAUUCCAUUCUGUGCAUAUCAGCUUUUUCUCUUUCUGCCAUUUAAGUGAGAAAAAGCAAAAACAAAUGUCUACACAUCGACAGAAAAGAACAC